AUGGCAACGCCAGAAGAAGCACAAACGAUGAAGAGUCAGAUCGCCCUGUUGUUGGAACAGAAUGAGGCACUUCUCGCCUCAGUGGAAACUAUCCAACAAGUGCAGCAACAAGAAAAGACCGACUCUCAUCACGGCGAUUUGGAUGAACCAGAGCCCCAACCGUUUUCGGCCAAAAUAUGGAACGCUCCGGUUCCCGAUAACUUUAAACCGCCCCACUUACCAACUUUCGAUGGAAGGGGCGAUCCCUCUGAGCAUGUGACCGUCUUCAACACUCGGAUGUCUGUCUACGGAGUUGCAGACUCCCUUAAGUGCAAGCUGUUGGCGGGUACCUUUGCUGAUGCAGCUUUGCGCUGGUACAUGAGCCUUCCUUGUUUCUCCAUCAUGGGUUACCAAGACAUGAUAAAGAAAUUCACUCAACAGUUCUCCGGAACCCGCCACCGGAAAGUUCUAUCAACCAGCUUGUUCAACGUCCGACAGGGACCGAGCGAGUCGCUGAGGGAAUACCUCGCCCGCUUCAAUGAUUCCACAAUUAAAGUUUCCAAUCCCAACCAAGAAGUCUUUGUUGGCGCUUUUCAGAAUGGCUUGUGGGCGGGACAAUUUAACGAAUCAAUCGCCCAGAAACCCGCUGACUCGAUGGAAGAGAUAAUAGCUCGUGCUGAGUGUUACGUAAAGGGGGAAGAAAGCAACGCUGAAAAGAAGGCUAGAGAAGCAAAGGAGAGAGGAAAUUCUGGAGGGGAGCGUAGAAACCACUACGUCCCUCCUAACAGGGACAGAGGAACGUUCAAGAAGCCGUAUGAAAGAAACCAGAAUCGCUACGUUCCCGAGCACUUUACUCCUUUGAAUACGCGCCCUGAAAGAAUCCUCAAGGAAGUUUUUGAGUCUAAGAUCAUCCCGCCACCUCCUUUCAGUCGCGCUAGGGUAAUGGGUCAAGACAAGGAUGCCUGGUGCAAGUACCACUUAGUACAAGGCCAUAACACAGAUGAUUGUGUUCAUCUCAAAAGAGAAAUUGAGAAACUCUUGCUCAGUGGGAAAUUGCGUGGGUACGCUAAGGAGAGACGCCACAAUGAAAGACAAGAAGAUAAGCCCAAUCCUGAGCAAAAGCACACUUUGCACACAAUUUCUGGAGGAUUUGCUGGAGGAGGGGAAUCGAGUAAUUCCAUGAAAAAAUAUGCUCGCCAGUUGCUCAACUGGGAAAUUAAAAGGGUUCUUGUGGACACUGGUAGCUCAGCUGAUGUUUUAUAUUUCGACGCUUUCUCCAAAAUGGGUUUGAGCGAGGAACAACUCCAGCCGUUUAACGGAACCCUCUCGGGUUUUACUGGCGAAAGAGUACACGUGCGCGGAUAUGUCACUUUGAAGACCGUUUUUGGCACAGGAGACCAACAAAAAUCGAUCAAGCGCGAGGAGUUCGAAGUUCAGGUUAUCGACCUCGAUCCUCGUGAAGAUUUUCCGCAAGAACGGAUAGAGCCUAUCGAAGCGGUGAAAGACAUCAUUAUUGGGCCUAUGCCGCAUCAAAUUACUAAGAUUGGAACGUCUCUUAGUGAGUCGGAAGAGGAGAUUCUGGUACAGCUCUUGAGAGAGAAUGUUGAUCUGUUCGCUUGGGCGCCUUCUAACAUGCCCGGAAUUGAUAUUGGUGUGGCUUGUCAUCAUUUGGCGGUUAGAACAUCUGUCAAGCCAGUAGUUCAAAGGAAGCGGAAGAUGGGAGAAGAAAAGAGGAAAGCAGUGGACGAAGAGGUUAAGAAGUUGCAGGAAGCACACUUCAUCUGUGAAAUAAAAUAUCCCACCUGGCUCGCCAACACUGUCCUCGUAAAGAAAGCAUCAGGAAAGUGGAGAAUGUGUGUUGAUUAUACGGACCUUAAUAUGGCUUGUCCAAAAGAUUCGUAUCCCCUCCCAAGCAUAGAUCACCUAAUAGAUAACGCGUCCGGCUAUAAAACUCUCAGUUUCAUGGACGCAUAUUCUGGCUACAAUCAAAUCAAAAUGGACCCGUUAGAUGCUCCCAAAACCGCCUUCAUGACUAAUCAGAAGAACUAUCAUUACCGGGUUAUGUCUUUCGGUUUACGAAACGCAGGGGCAACAUUUCAACGAUCUAUGGAUACGAUAUUCAGCAAACAGAUCGGGAGGAACCUCGAAGUAUAUAUUGACGACUUGGUGGUAAAAACUUCUGAAGGGCAAUCUCAUUCAGACGACUUGAAAGAAAUUUUCCAGCAGAUCAGGAAGUUCAACAUGCGCCUCAAUCCGACAAAGUGCACAUUUGGGGUUCAGGCAGGAAAUUUUUUGGGUUUUCUCUUAACAAGAAAGGGUAUCGAAGCUAAUCCGGACAAGUGCCAGGCGAUCAUUAACAUGAGAAACCCAUGCAGUAUCAGAGAAGUACAACAGUUAACAGGCAGGUUGGCGGCGUUAUCAAGAUUCCUAUCUUGCUCCGGAGAUAAAGCAUUCGCCUUUUUUGCUACAAUCAAAAAGAAGGAAGCGUUUGAAUGGACUCGGGAGUGUGAUGAAGCUUUUCACAACAUCAAGCAUUUCCUGACUACACCGCCAAUUUUGCAUCGCCCAACAAAGGGGGCGGUUUUGUUCUUAUAUCUUUCGGUCUCUGAAAACGCUUUAAGUUCGGUACUUGUGGAAGAGUCUGACGAACGAGAAAAGCCGAUAUAUUUUGUGAGCAGGGUCCUCAAAGGAGCAGAAUUACGUUACCAGAAAAUUGAAAAGUUAGCUUUGGCUGUUAUAAUAACCGCCAGGAAGUUACGCCCGUACUUUCAAAGUCAUAAAAUCGUCAUCAGAACGAACUACCCAGUGAAACAGAUUCUUGGUAAGCUGGAUUUGGCAGGAAGAAUGUUAUCUUGGUCCGUCGAGUUGUCAGAAUACGAUAUUCAGUUUGCCCCUCGAAAUAACAUUAAGUCUCAAGUGCUAGCAGAUUUCGUGGUAGAAUUUACUUCGCCAGCUCAAGAAGCCGCCCCUCAUGUCUGGAUACUAUCAGUGGAUGGCUUGUCCAACAUAAAAGGAAGCGGGGCUGGCAUUAUCUUGGAAGGUCCGGGCGACUUACUCAUAGAGCAGUCUUUAAAAUUUGAUUUCAAGGCUAGUAACAAUCAGGCAGAGUACGAAGCUCUGAUAGCUGGAAUGUUAUUAGCCCGAGAGAUGGGAGCGAAGAAUCUCAGAGCUCGAAGCGAUUCUCAACUGAUGACCAAUCAAAUUUCUGGGGAAUACCAAACCAGAGAUCAGCAGCUCUCCAAGUACUUGGCUAGGAUACAAAAGUUAGCUACUGAUUUUCAUUUCUUUGAAGCCAUACACAUCCCACGAGAGUCAAACUCACGAGCUGAUUUGUUGGCAAAGCUGGCUAGCACAAAAAAACCUGGAAAUAAUCGAACGGUAAUUCAAGAGGUAAUCUCUGCUCCUAGUACCGAAGAAAAAACAGUUUUUAGUUUAAAUCAAGAACCUGAAGGAUGGAUGACUCCACUGUUGAAGUUUUUGACGGGGUCUUUCGUCGCCAAAAACGAAGAAGAAGCUCAAAUAGUUAGAAGGAGGGUGACCAAGUUCGUUAUUAUCGCCGGAAAACUCUAUAGGCGAGGAAGAGCUUCACCAUUGCUUAGAUGUUUGGGCGAGGAUGAGACGGAGUUGGUCCUCUUAGAAGUACAUGAGGGGGUAUGUGGGAGUCAUAUUAGCGGGCGAUAUCUGGCUGCAAAACUAUUACGGGCUGGGUAUUACUGGCCUAAGAUGGCUCACGAUUGCUGUGAAUUUGUGAAGAAGUGUGACAAAUGCCAACGCUUUUCCCAUAAAAAGAACGCUCCUGCAAACGAGCUCACAUCCGUGUUUUCUCCGUGGCCUUUUCACAAGUGGGGAGUUGACAUCGUGGGACCUUUUCCACAGGCACCAGGGCAGUUAAAAUUCCUCAUCGUGGGCGUGGAUUAUUUUACAAAAUGGGUCGAAGCAGAAGCGGUAUCAAAAAUCACAGGGGAGCGAGUAGUGAAGUUUUACUGGAAAAAGAUUAUCUGCCGUUUUGGUCUCCCAAAAUAUAUUGUGACAGAUAAUGGGACACAGUUUGCUAGUUCUAAAGUCGUCAAUUUUUGUAAGCAGCUGGGAAUAGAAACGAAAUUCGCCUCGGUCAUUCACCCUCAAGCCAAUGGUCAAGCAGAAUCCGCCAAUAAAAUGAUAAUUAACGGCGUCAAAAAGAAGCUGGAGGAAGCUAAGGGACUCUGGGCAGAACAAUUGCACGAGGUAAUUACUAUAAAAUUCGACAUUUGA